AGAGGAGGCCAGCAGAGGGACAAGGAGCUUAAUUACAGAGACUGGAGAUCGUGCUGAUCCACUGGACCCGUCAGUUCACACGACGUCCUGGGUGCCCAGCACCUGGUGGAGAUGGGCGACAGCGCCGGCCCCCUGGAGGAGAUCACCUUCUGGAGCAGCCGCUGUGCCGACCUGACAGGCAUCAGCCUGCAGCUACAGAAGCCCGGCGUCAGACCACAUCCAGAGUAUUCUGCGGCUGGUCCAAGUCCUCCUACCUGCAGCCCUUCUCCAAGUUGGCCCAAGGAGGUCCAGGAUGGCUCCCAGCAGGCAGAAUCCAACCUGCGGUUCCUGUCCCUGCUGAAGCAGCCAUGUGAGGAGCUGGUGCAGCUGCAGCCGAGCCAGGUGGCCCCCAAGCUCCAGCACAUUACCGACCUCAUACGCAUCAUCUGGGACAACUCUCCGCACUACAACACCCGGGACCGGCUCACCGCGCUCUUCCACAAGAUGAGCAACGAGAUGAUCCGCCUGUGCUGCCGGAGCCUCUCUCUGGACCGGAUGUUCCAGGGCCACGUGGCCUCUAGCAAGCAGAACCUACGGGACUGCAUCGAGUGCUGCGUGGCCUGGAAGGACAUAUACCUGCAGGCCGCACGGAUACACCACAGGUAUUCUUCCAGAGGCUGGGUCCUGGACCAGACAAGCAUCUUCGCUCUCAGUGACGCCUUCGUUCAGCGGUGCAAAGACCUCAUUGAAGUGUGUGACUGCCAGCAGCAGUUUGCUCGGUUUGAGGAGGGCCAGCAGGUGGCGCCGCCGUGUUUCGCCGAGCCCCAUGGGGCCGUGACGGCACGUGGCCUGCUUGAGAUCGAGAGCAUCUUCCUGCGCAGCCUGCAGGGCCUCGCUGCCAUGGGCGACAGCAUCCUGGACGUCUGGAGGAACUCUGGAUGGCACGACCACUACAACAGGUUCCGUACGUCCAUAAAGCAGCUGGAGGUGAUGAUGCAGAACGUCAUCAGCGGUGCCUUCGAGACGGUCAACACAGUGAGGGAAGGAGUCCAACUGUUGGACGUCUUCGGGCACCUGUCUGCACGAGAGGCCAUCAAGCACACCUUGGACAGGAUGACAGUGAAGCUGUACGACCUGAUCAACAAGGAGCUCCAACUGGUCAAAAACGACCUGAGCAAGAAGACCUGCCAGGUGGCGAGUCAUGUCCCCCAGAAGGCCGGCCAAGCUCACUGGGCGCACUGCCUCCGCCGCCGCAUCCAGAGCACCAUGGAGUUGGUGGAGGGUGCCCACUUUGUGGGCCAGACAGGCAGUGGCGAGGAGGUGUGCCUGGCUCACGGGCAGCUGGUGCAGACCCUGGAUGAACUGCUGCGCAAGACCUACAGCGACUGGAGCCAGGGAGUGGACCGCCAGAGCAUCCAGAGGCUAGAGCAGCCCCUCAUGCUGCGCUGCCGCCAGGACAACACCAUGCUGGACAUCAACUUCGACAAGGGCCUGCUGAAGAUGUUCAGUGAGAUCCAGUACUGGGAGAGUCUCCGCAUGGAGAUCCCCCACUACGUGCUGGAGGUGUACCAGCGGCGCGAGGAGCUUCGCACCCUGCGCGAGAGUGUUCUCCGGCUGGUCAGCGACUACAACAGGAUCAUCAAGGCUCUGUCUCCAGGGGAGCUGGGUGUGUUCCGGGAGCGGAUCCGCUUCCUGGACAAGAAGAUUCAGCCAGGCCUGACAAAGCUUCUGUGGUCCACCAAGGGAACCUCCAACCUCUUCAUCACCGAGUGCUGCACGCAUGUCACCAAGGUUCAGACCAUAGUGAAUGAGUACAAGGCAGCCAACCUGACCAUAUCAGCCCUGUGCAGGCAGAUCAGUGAGACCUUGCUGGUCAGACUAGACGGCAGGACUGUGUACAGGGACCUGGAGUUCGAGAGCGACCAGCGGGCCCACCAGCAGAGCCAGCUGCAGAAGCUGUGCACCGCCCACCAGGACAUCGUGGACAUCAUGACACGCGUGUACGACACUUUCCGCAGCGCCGGAGCCGAGGUCCAGCAGUACUGGCUGACCUACAUGGAGAGGGUGGACCGCAUGGUGGAGGAGGCCCUGAGGCUGGCCGUCAAGCGGUCGCUGCAGGAGCUGUCCAAGGCCAUCAACGGGGACUCCAAGGCCCUGCCCGACCCCCUCUUCAGGGUGCAGGUGGUACUGCGGCAGGGCCCGCCAAGAGCCAUGGCCAGGGUGGAGUUCUCCCCCACGCUACCGAAGUUGGCCCAGGUGGUGAACAGCAUCGGGCCCCAACUCAUCAACACCAUCUCCAGCUUCAAGAGGCUACCCGACCUCCUCACCCACAAGCACUCGCAGCGCAAGCCUGUGCACGCCAUCCUGGAGCAAGACGAGGAGCUGGGGAAGAUCCAGGCGGCUUUGGCAGCAGGCAUGACGGCCAAUGCGGGCCACUUGCAGGCCUACCUGAAGACCUGGGACAAACACCGUGCCAUCUGGGAGAUCAACAAGGACCCCUUCAUCCAGCGCUACCAGCGGUUCAACACGCCUGUGUCCACCUUUGACGCAGACAUCGCCAGGUACACAGAGGUGGCCAACAACAUCCAGAAUGAGGAGACCGUGCUGGAUAUCCAGUUCGUGCUGCUGGACUGCUCCCCCCUCAAGUCGUCCCUGGUGCAGCACUGCAAUGAGUGGCAGAGCAAACUCACCGAGCUGCUCAGCCUCAUGGCCAGCCGACAGCUCACAGAGCUCCACGGCUUCCUGCAGGACAACGCCACCAGGCUGAGCCGGCCUCCCCAGACCCUGGAGGAGCUGGGAGAGGGUCUGGAGCUGCUGGAGCGUCUCCAGGGGGGGCUGGCCAAGCUGGAGGCCAAGAUACCCCCCAUACACGAUCAGUUUGCCAUCCUGGCCAAGUAUGAGGUCACCGUCGACCUGGCAGUGCAGAGGAUGCUGGAGGGUCUGAGCAGCCAGUGGCUGUGGUUCCAGCAGGCGGUGGUGGACGGAGACGUCAUGCUGAGGAAAAACAAGGAAAAGUUCAAGAGUCGCCUGGUCUUCUCCUCCGAGGAUUUCAAGAAGAAGACCCAGGCCACGCUGCAGGAGUUCACCAGCACAGGUCCGUUCAGCAGUGCGGCGAGCGGUGAAGCAGCCCUGGAGCAGAUCCAGGACCUCCGGGCUCAGCUGGAGAGCCAGAAGGAGGAGGAGGGGACCCUCCGCCAGGGCCUCAACAUUUUCAAGAUCGUCCAGCCCCCUUCCAAAGACCUCCAGGCGCUGGAGAAGGACCUGGAGUCCCUGCAGCAGGUGUGGGAGGCUAGCCAGCAGUGGAGCUCCAACUGGAAGCAGUGGAAGACAGGAGCCUUCCUCUCCCUGCAGACCGAGACCAUGGAGAGCACCGCCCAGGACAUGUUCAAACACGUCACUAAGCUCAGCAGGGAACUCAAGGACAAGAAGUGGGACAUAGUGGAAAGUACCAGGAAAAACAUUGAGCAGUUCAAGAGGACCAUCCCUCUCAUCACAGACCUGAAGAACCCUGCCCUGAGAGACAGGCACUGGAAUGAGAUCCGCCAGGAGCUGCAGUGCUCCGUGGAGCACACCAGCCCUGAGUUCACCCUGGAGAAGAUGGUGUCCCUGGGCCUGGACCAGCACGCCGACAAGAUCUCUGAAAUCUGUGGAGCCGCCUGCAAGGAGCUCUCCAUCGAACAGGGUCUGGAGACCAUCGCGAAAACAUGGGGGGAGAUGGUGCUGGACAUCACUCCGUACAAGGACAAGGGUCAUCACCAGCUCAGCACUACGGAGGAGCUCUUCCAGGCCCUGGAGGACAACCAGGUCAGCCUGUCCACCAUGAAGGCGUCUCGCUUCGUGAGGGCCUUCGACCAGGAAGUGGACCGCUGGGAGCGCUGCCUGUCUCUGGUGAUGGAGGUCACCGAGAUGGUGCUCACCGUGCAGAGGCAGUGGAUGUACCUGGAAAACAUCUUCAUGGGGGAGGACAUCAGAAAGCAGUUGCCUUGUGAAUCCAAAGACUUCGACGACAUCAACUCCAGCUGGAAGUGCAUCAUGGACCGGCUCCACAAGGACAACAAUGCCCUGAGAGGCACCGGUCACCCUGGCCUGCAGGAGAAGUUGGUGGAGAUGAACGUGAAGCUGGAGGAGAUCCAGCGGGCGCUGGACAUGUACCUGGAGACCAAGCGGCAGGUGUUCCCCAGGUUCUACUUCCUGUCCAACGACGACCUGCUGGAGAUCCUGGGGCAGUCGCGCAACCCUACCGCCGUGCAGCCCCACCUCAAGAAGUGCUUCGAUAACAUAACCAGACUGCAGAUCGCUAAGGCGGGAGUGAGCGGCAACAAGAUGGAGGCCAACGGGAUGUUCUCUGCGGACGGAGAGUUUGUUGAGUUCACCCAGUCGGUGUCCCUGGAAAAACCAGUCGAGUGCUGGCUGUGUGACAUUGAGCGGUCCAUGCGCACCACGCUCAAGGACUCCCUGAGGAACUGCCGCCUGGCGCUGCAGAAGAUGACGGCCAAGAGAGACAAAUGGGUCAGAGAUUGGCCCGGACAGAUGGUGAUCGCGGCCAGUCAGAUCCAGUGGACCACCGACGUGACCAGGACCCUCAUCUCAGGCAAGGAGAAGGGCGACAAGUCUGAUCUCAGGGCCCUGAAGAAAAAACAGGUGUCCCUGCUCAACCGCUACUCGGACGCCAUCCGGGGCGACCUGUCCAAGAUCCUGCGGCUGAAGAUCGUGGCGCUGGUCACGGUGGAGGUGCACGCCCGCGACGUCCUGGACAAGCUGGCCAAGAUGGGCUGCUGCGACGUCAGUGCCUUCGACUGGCUCUGUCAGCUGCGCCUCUACUGGGAGAAGGACGUGGACGACUGCGUUAUCCGGCAGACCAACACGCAGUUCAAGUAUGGCUACGAGUACCUCGGCAACUCUGGACGCCUGGUCAUCACCCCGCUGACAGACAGGUGCUACAUGACCCUGACCACGGCCCUCCACCUCCACCGGGGGGGGUCUCCUAAGGGUCCGGCGGGCACGGGGAAGACGGAGACGGUGAAGGACCUGGGCAAGGCCCUGGGCAUGUAUGUCAUCGUGGUCAACUGCUCCGAGGGCCUGGACUACAAGUCCAUGGGACGCAUGUACUCCGGCCUGGCUCAGACAGGGGCGUGGGGAUGCUUCGACGAGUUUAACCGUAUCAACAUCGAGGUGCUCUCGGUGGUGGCCCAGCAGAUCCUCUCCAUCCUGUCCGCCCUCUCUGCCGGCCUCACCAAGUUCGUCUUCGACGGACAAGAGAUCAGCCUGGUCUGGUCCUGUGGCAUCUUCAUCACCAUGAACCCUGGCUAUGCGGGUCGCAGCGAGCUGCCGGACAACCUGAAGUCCAUGUUCAGACCCAUCUCCAUGGUGGUGCCGGACUCCACGCUCAUCGCAGAGAUCACCCUGUUUGGGGAAGGCUUCAACAAUUGCAAGCUCCUUGCCAAGAAGGUGUUCACGCUGUACUCCCUGGCGGUGCAGCAGCUGUCCAAGCAGGACCACUACGACUUCGGCCUGCGAGCCCUCACCUCCCUGCUACGCUACGCCGGCACGAAGCGGCGUCUUCGUCCUGAUCUGCCCGGGGAAGAGAUCCUCCUCAUGUCCAUGAGGGACAUGAACCUGGCCAAGCUGACGUCGGUGGACCUGCCGCUGUUCAACAGCAUCAUCCAGGACCUGUUCCCUGGGGUGGACUCGCCCACCAUCGACUACGGAAAGUUGCGGGAGGCCAUCGAGGCGGAGCUGUGUGAGCGCGGCCUGCAGCCCAUCCCCUUCACGGUGUCCAAGGUCAUCCAGCUGUACGAGACCAAGAGCUCCCGCCACUCCACCAUGCUGGUGGGCCGGACGGGCAGCGGCAAGACGGUGACCUGGAGGACGCUGCAGAACGCCCUCACCGCCCUGCACCGCAAGGGGGAGCCGGGCUACCAGCUCAUCAGGGACUACCCCCUGAACCCCAAGGCGGUGAGCCUGGGAGAACUGUACGGAGAGAGCAACCUGUCCACCAACGAGUGGACCGAUGGCCUGCUGUCCUCCCUGAUGAGGACCGCGUGCGCAGACGAGAAGCCGGAGGAGAAGUGGAUGGUGCUGGACGGGCCGGUGGACACUCUGUGGAUCGAGAGCAUGAACUCUGUGAUGGACGACAACAAGGUGCUGACUCUCAUCAACGGAGAGAGGAUCUCCAUGCCUGAGCAGGUCUCCUUGCUGUUCGAGGUGGAGGACCUGGCGGUGGCUUCCCCGGCCACGGUGUCCCGUUGUGGGAUGGUCUACAACGACUACACCGACCUGGGCUGGAGACCCUACGUCCAGUCCUGGCUGCAGAGGAGACACAAGGCGGAGCUGGAGCCCCUGAAGCGUCUGUUUGAGAAGUACCUGGAGAAGACCCUGCUGUUUAAGAAGAGCUCCUGCAAGGAGCUGGUGUCCAUCACAGAGCUGAACGGAGUGGCCUCCCUCUGCCGCCUCUACGACGCCCUGGCCACGCCCGACAACGGGGUGAACCCUGCCGACACGGAACACUUCCCUCACAUGGUGGAGCUCUGGUUCCUCUUCAGCCUCAUCUGGUCGGUGGGCGCCUCGGUGGACGAGGACGGACGCAAGAAGAUGGACAACUUCCUGCGCGAGAUAGACGGCACAUUCCCCACCAAGGACACUAUCUACGAGUACUACGUGGACUCCAAGAAGAAGACCUGGGCUCCAUUCGAGGGUCAGCUGUCUAAGGGCUGGCGAUACCCUGCCAACGCUCCGUUCUACAAGAUCAUGGUGCCCACGGUGGACACGGUGCGCUACAACUUCCUGGUGGGGGCGCUGGUGGCGGGCCAGUACCCGGUGCUGCUCACCGGACCCGUGGGCACGGGCAAGACCUCGGUGGCCCAGGUGGUGCUCCAGAACCUGGACCCCUCCAAGUGGGCCGUCCUCACCAUCAACAUGUCCUCCCAAACCACCUCCAGCAACGUGCAGGCCAUCGUGGAGAGCCGCGUGGAGAAGCGCACCAAGGGCGUGUACGUGCCCGCGGGGGGCAAACGCAUGCUGUGCUUCCUGGACGACCUCAACAUGCCCGCGCACGACGGCUUUGGCUCCCAGCCGCCCCUGGAGCUGCUGCGCCUCUGGGUAGACCACGGCUUCUGGUACGACCGGCUGAAGCAGACCCUGAAGUGUGUCAAGGACAUGUUCCUGCUGGCAUCUAUGGGGCCCCCUGGUGGAGGAAGGACCCACAUCUCUGCUCGCUUUCAGAGUCGAUUCAACCUCAUCAACAUGACUUUCCCACACGACUCUCAGAUCAAGCGCAUCUACGGCACCAUGAUCAACCAGAAGCUGCAGGAGUUUGGGGAGGAGGUGAAGCCCAUCGGAGCCAUCCUGACCCAGGCCACGCUGGAGCUCUACGACGCCGUGGUGGUCCGCUUCCUGCCAACGCCGGCCAAGAUACACUACCUCUUCAACCUUAGGGACAUCUCUAAGGUGUUUCAGGGUCUCCUGCGAGCCCACCGAGAUGUCCAUGACACCAAGCAGAGUAUAACUAGGCUGUGGAUCCAUGAGUGCUUUAGGGUGUUCUCCGACCGCCUGGUGGACAGCAGCGAUGCGGAGGCCUUCGUGGGUCUGAUGGCGGAGAAGCUGGGCUCCCUCUUCGACCUCACCUACCCCAGCAUCUGCCCCAACAAGAUACCCCCUGUGUUUGGGGACUUCCUGAAGGAGCCCCGUGUGUACGAGGACCUCCAGGACUCCAAGAGGCUGAGGGUCUUCAUGGAGAGCCAGCUGGAGGACUACAACCUGACCCCCGGCACCGUGCCGAUGGACCUGGUUCUGUUCAGAGACGCCAUCGAGCACAUCACCCGAGUGGUGCGUGUGAUCAGCCAACCCCGGGGCAACAUGCUGCUGGUGGGCGUCGGCGGCUCAGGACGCCAGAGCCUGUCCAAGAUGGCCGCCUCCAUCUGCACCUACCAGGUGUUCCAGGUGGAGGUCACCAAACAGUACCGCAAGAUGGAGUUCAGGGAAGACAUCAAGAAGCUGUACAGGCAGACGGGCGUGGACGACCUGCCCACGGUGCUGGUGUUCAGUGAUGCCCAGAUGGUGGAGGAGUCCUUCCUGGAGGACAUCAACAACGUGCUGAGCUCUGGGGAGGUGCCCAACCUCUACAAGCAGGACGAGUUUGACGAGGUGUGUGGAGCCCUGUCAGAGUCGGCCAGGAAGAACGGGGUCCUGGAGACUCCGGACUCCAUGUUCGCCUAUCUGAUCGAGAGGGUCCGGAACAACCUGCAUGUGGUGCUUUGCAUGAGCCCCGUGGGGGAGCCCUUCAGGAACCGGAUCCGCCAGUACCCGGCGCUGGUCAACUGCAGCACCAUAGACUGGUUCUGUGAGUGGCCCAGGGAGGCCCUGCUGGAGGUGGCUGAGAGGUACCUGGACGCCCUGGACCUGGGGACCGUGGAGUCGAUCCACACCAGGGUGGCCAGCGUCUUCGUCACCAUGCACCAGUCUGUGGCCACCUUCUCCCACAGGAUGAGGGCAGAGCUCCGGAGGCACAACUACGUCACCCCCACCAAUUACCUGGAGCUGGUGUCAGGAUACAAGAAGCUGCUGGCGGAGAAGCGCAGGGAGCUGGGUGAGCAGGUAACCAAGCUGCGCAAUGGGCUGUACAAGAUCGAUGACACCAGGGAGAAGGUGCAGGCCAUGUCCCUGGAGCUGGAGGAGGCCAAGGUGAAGGUGGCCGACUUCCAGAGGCAGUGUGAGGAGUACCUGGUGGUCAUCGUCCAGCAGAAGAGAGAGGCAGAUGAACAGCAGAAGGCAGUAGGAGCCCACAGUGAGAAGAUCGGGGCGGAGGAGGUGAAGUGUAAGGCCCUGGCUGAGAACGCCCAGAGGGACCUGGAUGAGGCCCUGCCCGCCCUGGAGGAGGCCAUGAAGGCCUUGGAGUCCCUGAACAAGAAAGACAUGACGGAGAUCAAGUCGUAUGGGCGUCCCCCGACCCUGGUGGAGACGGUGAUGCAGGCUGUCAUGACCCUGCUGUGCAAGGACCCCACCUGGGCAGAGGCUAAGAGACAGCUGGGUGAGUCCAGCUUCAUCAAGUCCUUGGUUAACUUCGACAAGGACAACAUCUCGGACCGCGUGCUGAAGAAGACGGGCCAGUACUGCACGCAGGCCGACUUCCAGCCCGAGAUCAUCGGCAGGGUGUCGCUGGCCGCCAAGUCCCUCUGCAUGUGGGUCAGAGCCAUGGAGGUGUACGGUCGAAUCUCCCGGGUGGUGGAACCCAAGCGAGCCCGGCUGCAGGCAGCCACACUGCAGCUGGCUGAGAAGCAGGCCUCCCUGGCAGAGGCCCAGGACAAACUCAGAGAGGUGGGUGAGAAGCUGGAGCAGCUGAAGAAGCAGUAUGAUGAGAAGCUGGCGAUGAAGGAGGAGCUGAGGAGGAGCUCAGAGGACAUGGAGGUCAAACUGGACCGCGCCGACAAGCUGGUGUCUGGUCUGGCUGGGGAAAGGGCUCGCUGGGAGACCACCGUCAUCGGUCUGGAGGAGAACAUGGGCUACCUGGUGGGAGACUGCUUGUUAGCGGCCUCCUGUCUGUCCUACCUGGGCCCCUUCCUGUCCAACUACAGAGACCAGCUGGUGGCCCUUUGGAUGAAGGAGGUGCGUGAGCUGCAGGUGCCAUGCUCCCCGGGCUUCAGUUUCUCCGGCUUCCUGUCCAGACCCACCGUGGUGCGGGACUGGAACAUCCAGGGCCUGCCCUCCGACGCCUUCUCCACUGAGAACGGAGUCAUCGUCACCCGCGGCAACCGAUGGCCACUAAUGGUGGACCCACAAGGCCAGGCCCUGAAGUGGAUCAAAAACAUGGAGAGGGGCAGGGGUCUGAAGGUGAUAGACCUCCAGAUGCCGGACUUCCUGCGGGUCCUGGAGGGCGCGGUCCAGUCUGGAGCCCCUGUGCUGCUGCAGAACGUCCAGGAGGAGCUGGACCCCGCGCUGGCCCCCAUCCUCAACAAGUCCCUCACACAUGUUGGAGGGAGGAUGCUGCUGAAGCUGGGGGACAAGGAGGUGGAGUACAGCCCUGACUUCAGCUUCUACAUCACCACCAAGCUGUCUAACCCCCACUACCCUCCCGAGAUCUCCACCAAGACCACCAUCGUCAACUUUGCAGUCAAGGAGCAGGGUCUGGAGGCCCAGCUGCUGGGCAUCGUGGUCCGUAAGGAGCGUCCAGACCUGGAGGAGCAAAAGGACUCCCUGGUCCUCAACAUCGCCUCUGGCAAGAGGACACUGCAGGAGCUGGAGGAUGAGAUCCUCAGGCUCCUGAACGAGGCUACAGGCUCUCUCCUGGACGACGUCCAGCUGGUGAACACUCUGCAGACGUCCAAGGUGACGGCCACCCGGGUGACAGAGCAGCUGGAGAGCAGUGAGCAGACCGAGAUCAAGAUCGACACCGCCAGAGAGGGCUACCGUCCGUGUGCGCUGCGCGCCUCCAUCCUGUUCUUCGUGCUGAACGACAUGGGCUGCAUCGACCCCAUGUACCAGUUCUCCCUGGACGCCUACAUAGACCUGUUCAACCUCAGCAUGGAGAAGAGCCCCCGCAGCCACAAGCUGGAGGAGAGGAUCUCCCACCUCAAUGACUACCACACCUACGCCGUGUACAGGUACACGUGCAGGGGACUGUUUGAGGUCCACAAGCUGCUGUUCAGCUUCCAGAUGUGCACCAAGAUCCUGGAGGUGACCGGGGCCCUCAACAUGGACGAGUACAGCUUCUUCCUACGAGGGGGGCUGGUGCUGGACAAGGAGGGUCAGAUGGACAAUCCGUGCAGUAGCUGGCUGAGUGACUCUAACUGGGACAACAUCACGGAGCUGGACCGCCUUCCCAGCUUCCGUGGCAUCAUGGCCUCCUUCGAGCAGCAAUCCAGGGACUGGAAUCUGUGGUUCACCAGCGCCCAACCUGAGAGUGCACCCCUCCCCGGUGAGUGGGAUGGCACUCUGAAGGAGCUCCAGCGGAUGUUGGUGGUACGGUCCCUGCGUCAGGACCGCAUCUCCUUCUGCGUCACCUCAUUCAUCGUCAACAACCUGGGCUCCCGCUUCGUGGAGCCUCCGGCCCUCGAUAUGAAGGCUGUGAUGGAGGACUCCACCCCCAGGAACCCCCUGAUCUUCGUGCUGUCCCCCGGCGUCGACCCCACGGGGGCCCUCACCCAGCUGGCCGAGGCGUCUGACAUGGGCAGCCGCUUCCACGCACUCUCCCUGGGCCAGGGCCAGGCGCCCAACGCCAGGCGUAUGAUCCAGGAGGGGAUCAAGCAAGGCCACUGGGUGUUCCUGGCCAACUGCCACCUGUCCCUGUCCUGGAUGCCCGAGCUGGACAAGCUGGUGGAGCAGCUACAGGUGGAGCCUAGCCACCCUGACUUCAGGCUGUGGCUCAGCUCCUCCCCUCACCCAGACUUCCCCAUCGCCAUCCUGCAGGCCGCCAUCAAGAUGACCACCGAGCCCCCAAAGGGAAUAAAAGCCAACAUGAAGCGUCUGUACCAGCUGGUGUCGGAGGCCCGCUUCGCCCGCUGCUCCCGGCCGGUGCCCUACCGCCGACUCCUCUUCUCCCUCUGCUUCUUCCACAGCCUGCUGCUGGAGAGGAACAAGUUCCUGCAGCUGGGCUGGAACAUCGUCUACGGCUUCAACGACUCCGACUUCGAGGUGAGUGAGAACCUGCUGAGCCUGUACCUGGAUGAGUACGAGGAGGUCCCCUGGGACGCCCUGCGCUACCUGAUCGCAGGCGUCAACUACGGCGGCCACGUGACCGACGACUGGGACCGCCGGCUGCUGGCCACCUACAUCAACGAGCUGUUCUGCCACGCCGCGCUCAGCAAGCCCUUCUUCAAGCUCUCGUCCCUGCCCACCUACUACAUCCCCCGGGACGGGCCCCAGGCCUCCUACCGGGAAUACGUGGGCCAGCUGCCUGCCACGGAGCACCCCGAGGUGUUCGGCCAGCACCCCAACGCCGACAUCGCCAGCCAGAUCGCCGAGACGCGCACGCUGUUCGACACGCUGCUGUCGCUGCAGCCGCAGGUCCCCAGCAGCACUGCGGGGGCCUCGGGGCCCAGCAAGGAGGACAAGGUGCUGGAGCUGGCGGCCGACAUACGGGAGAAGCUGCCCGAGGCCAUCGACUACGAGGGGACCAGGGCACUACUGCAGGAUGACCCGUCGCCCCUCAACGUGGUGCUGCUGCAGGAGAUCCAGAGAUACAACGCCCUGCUGGACACCAUCAGAUCCUCCCUGGUGGAGCUGGAGAAGGGCAUCAAAGGUCUGGUGGUGAUGUCAUCCAACCUGGAGGAGACCUUCAACUGUAUCCAUGACGCCCGCGUCCCACCACUGUGGGAGAAGGCCUACCCGUCCCUGAAGCCCCUGGCCUCCUGGACCCGGGACCUGUGCCAGCGCAUGGAUCAGUUUGCCCGCUGGGCCACGACGGCGCACCCCCCCGUCCUGUUCUGGCUGUCCGGCUUCACCUUCCCCACAGGCUUCCUGACCGCCGUGCUGCAGGCUUCUGCACGAAACAACAAGGUGUCGGUGGACACCCUCUCCUGGGAGUUUGUGGUGGCCACGAUGGAUGACAGCCACCUCCUCUCCCCCCCCAAGGACGGGGUGUACAUCCGGGGCUUGUACCUGCAGGGGGCUGGCUGGGACAAGAAGGGCGCCUGUCUGGUGGAGGCCGAGGCCAUGAGGCUGGUCUGCCCCAUCCCCACCAUCCACUUCAGACCCACCGAGAACCGCAAGAAGACCGCCAAGAGUAUGUACGUGUGUCCCUGCUACUACUUCCCGGUGCGUGCGGGUGGGGGGGGGAUGCCCUCCUUCGUGGUGGGGGUGGAGCUGAAGUCGGGGGCCGUCCCCCCCGACCACUGGGUGAAGAGAGGCACGGCCCUGCUGAUGAGCCUGGACUCAUAGAGACACACACACCUAGCACACAUACACACACAGACACAUACACACUGCAGGACCUGGACGCAUAGAGACACACACACCUAGCAGACAUACACACACAGACACAUACAGACUGCAUGACCU